ACAAACUGUGUGCACGACAGAUGACGACAAAAUACCAUCAUUACCUGAUUCUGAUCCACAACAGCGCACCUCCAACAUAGGACAGAAGCUGAAGAGUUUUAUGGGAUCCCAGAGAUUUGCUAAGUGCAAGAGCUUUCUAAGUCGCUCAUUAUGCAACAGUUUACAGCAACAGUGGCAGCUGCUUUGAAAAGGCUUGCAGAAUGGAAGAGGUUUUUGAUAAUCUUCCUGACUCCACUGUUGUUGUGCCCCAUCCCGCUGGUAAUCGAGACAAAGGAAGCUAGAACUGGCUUUGCGAUCCUGUUGAUGGGCGUCUAUUGGUGCACAGAAGUUACUGACUUGGCUGUGACUUCGCUCCUCCCUUUGCUUUUAUUCCCCGUCUUAAAAGUCGUAUCAGCAAAGGAGAUAGCACCAAAAUACUUUGCAGACACAAACAUUCUUCUAUUGGGUGGAUUGCUAAUGGCAGUAGCUAUAGAACGAUGGAAUGUGCAUAAACGUAUUGCUCUCAAAGUGCUUCUUAUUGUAGGUGCUCAGCCAAGAAGGUUAAUGCUUGGCUUUAUGCUGACGACCGCAUUCAUUUCCAUGUGGAUAACUAACACUGCAACGACAGCAAUGAUGACGCCAAUCAUGGAGGCAGUGCUUAAAGAACUCGAUAAAGAAUACCUAGGCGAAUCUGAUGAAGACGAAGAUGAAGGAAAUGACAAUGCAAGUGAUGGCAACCUGGAAAAGGGCGUCGAUAUCAACAUCACAGAUAAAGAGAAAGAAAUAGGAAUAACGAAUGAUGCGGUUGAAUUAAAAGAGCUUGGGCUAAGCGAAGCCCCAUCGAGAAGCUCCAGUACCAGGAAGCUUGUCAUCGAGCCGAUGGAGAAUUUAGAUGAUCCCGUCAAAACAACAGAGCAGAAAGACCCAAAGAAAGAGCGUUACCUCAAAAUGUGCAAAGCCAUGAUGCUCUCAAUUUGCUAUGCUGCUAAUAUUGGAGGGACGGGAACUCUGACGGGGACUGCGCCACAACUAGUUUUGGCAGGACAGUUAAGAAAUGUUUUCAAGAACGGUCCAGGAAUCUCUUUUCUCGACUGGUUUGUUUAUGCGUUCCCAGAAAUGUUGUUUUUCCUGAUAAUAGCAUGGCUCUACUUACAGUUCAUGUUUUUCGGCAUAGGGUGGAAGCACCUCUGCUUUUGCUUUCGUGGCGACAAGCGCAACAAAUCCAAAGGUGCAAAAAUCAAUGCUUUAAUCAAACAGCAAUACCAGGAUCUGGGACCUACUAGUUUUGCAGAAAAGGCUGUCCUUGUACAUUUUCUUUUGUUGGUCCUGUGCUGGAUUCUAAGGGACCCGAAAUUCAUUCCUGGAUGGGGCUCUUUGUUUGAAGUUGGUGGUAAAAGUUAUGUCACAGAUGCGACUGCUGCGAUUUUCAUUGCCUUUUCGAUGUUUCUCUUCCCUUCAGUCCGACCAGAGUUAUUCGGCGGUCCGAGAAGCGCAGAACCCCAUAUCCCACUGCUAGAAUGGAAACCAACGCAGAGAAAAUUCCCCUGGAACAUCAUCCUUCUUCUUGGCAGUGGUUUUGCACUUGCUCAUGCAUGCGAGAAGUCUGGUUUAUCGCUAUGGAUUGGCUGUCAGCUGACUGUUCUGGGUUCCAUUCCCAAUUUUGCCAUCGCACUGUGCAUUAGCGUUCUUAUUACCUUCCUCACAGAAUUCACGUCCAACACAGCAACAGCAACGAUCAUUCUUCCCAUUCUCGCGUCACUGGCCCAAAGUAUCAAUGUGCAUCCGUUUUACCUGAUGAUACCAGCAACAAUCUGCUCUUCUUUUGCGUUCAUGCUGCCAGUGGCAACACCACCGAAUGCUAUUGUCUUUGCAACUGGCAGACUGACAAUCCCGGACAUGAUGAAAGCUGGCUUUGGCAUGAAUAUAAUAGGAAUAAUUGUGGUGACAAUUUCCAUCAACACAUUGGGGUUGGGCUACUAUGGACUAAACAAGUUUCCAGCAUGGGCCUCGUCUGGUGAUUCUACAGAUAAAUGCAAUCCGGGCAAGUCCCUGGUUGGCACUACAAUUGCGACAUUACUAACAACAGCAAAUACAACGAGCCGAAUAUUCUAAGCUCUGUCUUGCAAGACGGACUGAUCAAGAUAUCCCCUACAGGUUUAUUUUAGUAGGUUUAAUAAAGCGAGAAAAAAAAUUAUACAAUCGUACACCGUAUUUCCUCUAACAAGCACCCACUCUAAAAAUCCCCCCCCUCCCUCCGAAAAACUGCCCCCUUCCCUAAACUUAACAUCUGACAUUCUUAAAAAAUUCUUGAUUGAUGAAAUGUCGAAAUAAAGUACGGCGCUUCAGGUUCAAAUGAUUUUAUAUGUAAAUUCAAAAUGCGUGUAUUUUGUUUUUGGUUUUUGGUAGUUCAUUAUUUGAAACGUUUGCUUGUCCACCAUCAAUCAUCAUAGCUUUAAACCUUCCUGGAGAAAAGCCAGCUUGAUGCUUACACUUCCCUAUUGGACUUGCACACAGUUUUUUUAUGACAAACUAACUUAGUGAAAUGAUACAAAAUUUAGCAAGCACCCUCUAAAAGCGCCCCUCCAUACCAUCAAAGAUCUAUUUUAGAGGAAAUACGGUACCUAUCCAUGGUAUUCAUGGCAUGUUUGCUAGCAGCUUUGUAAGUGAAUAUAGCAGAUUAGAUUAAACUAUAACUGAUUAUAGGCCACGGUUUUGAUUCAUGUUUGAAAUAUCAUUGGCUAGAUUUAUGAUAACUAAAUGAAAUAAUUAAAUGAAGUGAUGAAUAGUUUUAUAUUUCAGAAUUAAAGAUAACUUAGUGAUAAUUCAAAAAUAAGCUAACAUCUUGGCCCCCAUUCACGCCGGCUAGUUGUUAAAAGGCCUCACUAUCGAAAAUUAAUGUCUUGAAACUAUUUCGAGAAAUGAAGCGUCUUGUAUGAACAGACUUCGUUAUGACAACAUCACAAAGAUAUUUACGGUCGAUAUUUUGAUUUUCGGAUGUUCUGCUUUAAUUAAAAUAUUCAUGCGAUCAGAUUGGAAUUUAAAAAUUAAUUUAUGAAUCUUGCAGUUGUAUUUUACCCAGGUAUUAAAACCUUCGAUGAAUUUAUUCAAAUGUAAAAAUCUACAAUCUUUACCUAAAAUAGUUGGAGCAUCACAAUAUUCACUUUUAGAGAUUGACAACUCCAGGAUUUUACUUCCUCUCUAAGUCAAAGCUGUUGCUAUAUCCCCCCCCCCCCCUCAUUACAGUAGUGUAUUGAUUUAAAGCAACAUUUUUGUGUUGGAGGGGAAGCAACCUCCAAAAACCGUAGACGUUCCAACAUGCAGAUCAAGUGAAAUUUUUUUUAACAAUUUUGGCAAGGAUUGUAGAGGGCUAUUUCAUUAUUUUUCAAAAAACGGCUAUUUCAUUAUUUUAAAUAUGCAAGCCAGAAUUCCGAAAACAAAUGCAGGGUCACAAAU